GUGGAGCGGCGCCACCCCCGCCUACCCAGAGUGCAAGGCCACGUGCGACAAGGGCUCGGGCCCCGUCCACGACCGCGCCAUCGCGCGAGCGGACCUCGCCGCGCAUCUCGACGCGAAGGCGGUCCACGACGCCCCGUGGAACACCCGUUGCGACAUCCAGGUCACGGCGGGCGCCGCCGAGCCCUGGGACCACAAAGCUACCGAG